CCCCCCCCCCAAAAAAAAUAUUUUUCACAUGUCCCAUUCAAAUGUGGACUACCUGACUUGUAGAUGUCAGUGGAUGCUGUUGUUGUUGUUCUCGUUGUUUGUUUCUCCUACGUUUGUGUUUCUUGCCACCUGAGGCUUAGUUUGGUUUAUAGCAUCACCUCCUGUUCAGCUAAUCUAUGCUUCCCUCCCUCCCCUCAGCUCUAUCUUGUGUGGCUAGCGGUUACUACGGUGUGAGACAAGCAGCCUCCCCCGUUACCUCAAUGGAAGGGCCUUGUGAGGUUGCUUAUUUAUUGCAGUUAAGGUUCUCAGCAGUUUUAUAUAAAGACAUACAUUGCCAAGUCCAUGCAUUGUAUUUCAGUCAGAUGUUUGGCUUAAGUUAUUAUGCUGGUUUGAAAAUGGAUAAAUGUGGCUGAAUAAGGGUUCACCUAUUAGGCCUGUGGUCGUCAUAGAGAAAGGCUCUAAGGGGAGGGGGUAAGAGACCGGGUCUACAGCUCUGCAGCACGGGACCAAUGUAUUUGCACAGCCACUCUCAGUCCUAUCCAUACAUCUUUCCAUUAUUGCAAGGGACACAUUAUUCGCCCAUUACUAUGAAGAGAUCGCUGGAUCCAUCCGCCCUUAGCCUCUGACUGCAGCCGGUUCACAGGUGGUGCUCCUAUCCUAAGCACAUUGGCAUUACGAAGCAGAGAGGAGGUGCUGUUGAGUGCCAGUUUUCUGAGUUUAAACUUCAAUGGUCUGAAGUGGCAUUUGGGUAAUCUGUGCUUUGGGGAACUACAAAGCUGUUCAGAGCGUCUGUAGCCUCUGCUGUUUUUCCCCCUCACCUUUCCUUCUCCUCUCUUCAUUUGAUCCUGUCUUUCCAUCUUCCAAGAUAGUGUGCCCUUUCUUUCAUCCAUCUUCACUCUCAUGUCUCCUACAUCAGCCAUCACCGUUAUCCAAGGAGCUAACGUUGCCAGGCACAACCACCUUCCUCGUACACACACACUAGUGUGUGUGUGUGUGUGUGGUCAUCGCCACUGUGUAUUAGCAGCUGAGACCUGCCAGGUAGUAGUUGUUUUAUUUUUGGAACAUACUUAACCAGUCUGCGCCAGAAUGUGUCUGCUGAGAAACUCUUGGUUCUUGGCUGGUCAUUUUUGUCUUGGUGACAUAGUCCUGCCCAUACCUCUGCCAUCUCUCUCUUUUUUUGUUCUUUGGCUUUAGUUGAUCCUCUGGAUGUACACAGUCUCCCUGUCUUACCAUCUCUGCCCUUAUUAUGACCCACAUGUGUUGUUGCCUUCUUGUCCUCAUGUCUGUCUGUUAUUGCCUCUAUGUUAGCAAGUAACGCUAACUCUAACUCCAACACUGUGCCCUCAGAGAGGAAAGACUGUGAGCAUGUCUCUGGUCUUCAGUGCUGUAAAGGCAGGCAGGGUUCAGGUUUUAGCUAACCCUGGGUACACUGGUGUUGGUAGUACUGUCAAUAUGAGUUUUAAACAGCGCGGAGGCAAUUCCGCAGUAAUUUUACCCCCAUUCUCCGAAGACUGGUUUGGUUGCCUUUUAUUUUUGGUCUUUUUGGUUGUCUUGUUGAAUUUUGUUGUUGUUGUUUGUGUUUAUACCAUAUGUCUAAUGUUUUGCUUUCAUGGUUUUGUUGUUUUAUUUUAUUUCCUUUUAACACAUGUAGCACGUGUAACAUGUUUUUUCUUUUUUUUUUAAACUGCUGGAGCUAUGUUAGACCCAUCUGUCACAGGGUACAAAAUGAGCCCGAAGGAUGUUCUGCAGCAUUGACGACCCGGUUCAUGAGCAGUUGAAAAACAUGGGUCACUUUUAUCCCUUGAAUGGUUUUGUGUUGGUUUAUUUUUGCUGUUGCUCUGCUGUAUUUCCAUUUGUGUGAGAUGAACUACUGCUGAUUGACCUCUACAUGUGCACACUUAUCAUUGUUCAUCAACACUGGCUUGCAUUGUUUUCAAAAUCCAUAAUCUAGUCUGCCUUUCCUUGUGAGAAGUAUCAAUGUUUCUGGUAGUACCCAAUGCAGUGUUUUGUUCAUUUACUUCAUUCUUGGUUUGGGUGUUUUUCUGUUGUUUUCAGUGAUUUUCAAAUAUCUACAAUGAAAAUGCCCUCACUGUGGCUUGAGAGAUUGUGUAAGCACUAUGAUUUGGCUCAUUUGUGGUUAACUUCAAGGUGAAGUCAGAUCUCCCCACUCCUUAGCAACAGUGUUCAGUGUGCAUUGUGCUAUGGAAGGGAUCAUGUUCAGUCCACUGGGAAAUAUAGGAAAAUAAAUCCAGAUUGGACAAACAGCGCAGCAGAAGUUUCAAUUCAAUGGAUCAUUUCGCAACAUUCUGAGAAGCCAUAUAAUAAAACGUAUUUCUUUUGGUACACUUUUUCUGAAAACAUAUUUCUCCUGAAAUGGAAUAUUUACCCACACUGGCGGAGAUUACAGGUUAUAAUUAUCAAUCAACAGCUUAUCCACCUGAUCUGUCAUCGUACCCAUCUGAAUCCAAGACAGGUACAUGUACAUCUCACUUAGUGCUGGCACAACACACACACACACGCACACAGACACACACACACAGACAGACAGACAGAGGUGUAAACUAUGUGAGGUGUCCUAUCAUUAAACAUAAAUUAAUUAACAUUAUUAUCUUAGAGUAACCAAGUACAAUUCAAUACAAAUCUUUGCACAGCUGUUCUGGCCUUCUGAUGCUAGUGCGAUGCCCCAAAGCCAGUGUGCGUGUAUCUGAAUUACAAACUUCCAAUCCAUGAAAACAUCUUUACAAAGGCUGCGUAGUCUUUUUAAUGUGUUUUCAAUUAAAUGGAUCUCAUUAUACCCUGAAGGGAAAACAUCGAGGCCAUGCACGUUCCUUUGCCAUCACAGUACACAGUCCCAGAGCUGUCUUAUUUGGACAUUCUUUUAUAAACACCAUUUUGCAAAAUUACUUUUGAAGAUGAAGAUAGGAAGAUGAAAAGUGUGUGUGAGUGUCUGCGUGUGUGCGUGAGUGUGAAAGAGAGACUCCCCUGCCUUUUAUCUGCCAGUGUCCCUACUGGUCCUGACGGUAUGUUUCAGUUCUUUUCCAGGCUUUGUGUCUCCUUUGUUAUGCAGUCAUAUUACUCACUGAUCCUCUGGUUAUGUUUUUGAAAAUGUUGAUAACACUGUAACAGUAUUCGAUUGCUUUCCUGAAUGUUGCAAAUUAUGCACAUGCAAAGUAGUUUUUAUGUGUGUUAGUCGUUCCGUGUUCUGUAGGAACUUGUACUAGUUAUUCCUGCUGUACUCUGGGAUAAAUGGUACUGUCCUUUGAAUCUGGAACCAAUGGAUCCAUAUCCUGUGGAUCUGAAUGUACAGAUUUUGUAAAUAUCCUUCAUCUACAAGUCCUACUGUCUCCUAACCAGUUUUUUUGUGUGUAAAUGCUUAACAUUCUGGCUGUACUUUAAGGAAAGUUGACUAUGAUGAGAUGGAUACAGUAUGUUCUGGAUUUUAAAGAACAUUAAAAAAAGAAACAUUGUCUUGUGGUGUUACUUGAGCUGGUGUGUUUUUUCCCCUGGAGGUUUUGAAUUCAUAACAAUAGCAUUAAUGUUAAUGUUAAUGUUAAUGGAAAUAUGUGUAAGCAUAGGUUAUUUGCAAACUUUCUGUUGGCAUCUUUAUUCCUUCGAAUCAAUGCACAGCAGCACUUUUAUGAAUAUAGUCAGGAAGAUCAUAGUCCUAAACCUGGGUCCAACAAGUGCAGUAGGAACACAUGCCAAUGGUCAGUGGUCUUUAUGCUUUUACCCUUUGCCCUAUCUAUCUACAAACACGCAAAUCAAACAAAAAUAUGAAGGCUGUAGGCUAUUUUAGACCUGACAGCCAAGUCAAUAUCAACUAAUGGUAUCUAACAUGUACGUUUUUUUUUUACCUACACUGUAAAAAAGGAUUUGUUGACUCAACUUAACCUGGUCAAGUUAUCUAGUUGCUUUGACUGAGUUAAGUUAUGUCAACGUGUAGUGUCAGGUUUAUUACACUUAAUUAAAAUAGUGGAUACAACAUGCAGUUUGUUGAGUCAGCAUCCUGUGUCAAUUAAUUUCGACUACAAAAGGUUAGUUUAGAGAACUGAAAAAGACGUUAGUUGAGUUUUUUUUUUAUCAAGUUAGUACAAGUGUGAAUCGAGUUGGCGCAACAUUAAAGACUUUUCAACAUGAAAUACUUUCCAGUAGCUUUUAUUACCAAGUUACUUAAGUUUACAGAAGUUGGUAGCUUUCCAAAACAAGGACAAGUAAAGUAAUACCUAAAAAGCUACUCUAAAUUUACAUGAUAAUUAGCUGAGUCAAACCUAAACAUUAACAUAUCAAAAAUGGCUGAAGAUACUUCCCCCCCCCCAGCAUUUUUACAGCCUAGUUAUUGAUAUUUCCAAUGAUUUCUUGGUUAGAUUGUAUUUUGCCAUUUACCCCAUGUGGCAGUGUUUACUACUUGAGACUAAACAAACCUUGUGUCAGUCAGCAAAACCACUUUUAAAUGUAUUUCUUAUUUUUAACUGACAACAGUGUAAUGUAGUGAUUGAAGCCAUGGGAAAAGACAAUAUUAGUAACCGAGCGAGCGAUGGAUUGAUGUGAUGAACUGGUUUGGUUUGCGGACGGUAUUCAAGUGCGAUGUUGUUGUUCUUUGGGCGGUGAAGAGGUGAGCAUGGGAUAGGGGCGUUUGAGGAGUUUUUCAAGCCACCAGUGCUUGCAACAAAAGCAUCACUUCCGCUUAAACUUUCUACAAAAAUACUUGCUUAUUGUAGAGCGGCAGCUAUAGAAGUGAUGGAUCCUCUGGAUUUAUGACCAUGUCGAGCUACGGAGGGCUUUCCCAGGACCUCAACAGGAGGCAUUGUCAUUCCCCCCAUUUCACCCCCAUUGGAAACUAGCAUUAGGCUACCUGUACCUUUGUAAAGGUGUGGAGGAUGGGAUGCAGUAGCUCAUUCUCUCUCCAUAGAUCUCUCCCUCAUCAGAGUCCUCCCUGAAAGUCAUUUAGUGAAAUAGAGGAAGUGAAUGGAGAGUGAACAAGCAAGUGUGAGGGUAAAAUGAAGUGAUGGAAGAACUGGGAUCAUCGUAUCAGCAUGCUUACCUGUCUAAGACAGAGGGAAACAGUGCCUCUCAAACCGACAGUCUGUUUAUCAUGAAGAGUUUGUAUGCAUGAGAAAAGAAGAGCAGACACACAACAGAGAGAGAGAGAGAGAGAGAGAGAGAGAGAGAGAAAGAGAGGGGGAGAGAGAGAGAAACCCAGAGCUGUGGGGCCGAGGAUCGGGUGGCCACUGCCUGGAUUGUUGAGGGGAUUAGAGCUAAUAGGACAGGGGGGGGGGGGGGGGGGGGGGGGCAUGGCUGGGGCCGUCAAGCACCCCGCUGCAAUGGCUCCUGAUGGGGGGUGGGGCUGGAUGAUCGUAGCCAGCUGUUUCCUCACUACCAUCUGUACUCGUGCUGUAACCAGGUGUGUCUCCAUUUUUUUUGUGGAGUUCCAGUUCCAGUUCUCCAGAGAUUACUCCGGGACUGCUUGGAUCCACUCUACAGUCGACUGCAUGACCAUGUUAUGUGCUCCGUUGGGUAGUUUUAUUGGGAACCGUCUGUCUCACAGAGCGGCCGUGAUGAUGGGAGGCAUCCUGUCCUCCGCUGGCCUUGUGUUGAGCUCCUUUGCCACCAGUCUAGAGUUCCUCUAUCUAAGUCUGGGCAUCCUCACAGGCAUGGGAUUUGCUCUUAGUUACACCCCUGCAGUGGCCAUGGUAGGCAUGUACUUCAGUAGGAGGAAAGCUCUGGCGUAUGGACUCGCCAUGUCUGGCAGCGGCAUUGGCACGUUUGUGCUGGCCCCAGUCGUACAGCUGCUGAUAGAGUACUACUCGUGGAGGGGGGCGCUUCUCAUACUGGGUGGACUGGUCUCUCACCUGUGCGUCUGUGCUGCCCUGCUGAAACCACUUGAGGAGCAGAAGGGAUACGUUGUGAAUUUACCUGAUGAUGCUAAGCUAUGUGACUCAAAGUUACAGGGCACUAAGCUAGUGGAAGCCAAACUGCUGGAGAUGAACUGGGUCUCGCCCAGAACUGGAUCCGACAGGAGCUGUCCCUGCCUGCCCCCCAUGGAAGAGUAUGGCUUUCUGCUAAUGCCGGACUUCCUGUUGCUGUCUGUGUCUUUCCUGUUCUUGGCAUACGGCUGCAGUGUGCCCUUUGUGUACCUGGUUCCUUAUGCACUCAGUGUUGGGGUGAGCCACCAGCAGGCGGCGCUGUUGAUCUCCAUCCUGGGCGUCAUCGGCAUUGUUGGAAACAUCACCUUUGGCUGGAUGACUGACUUGAGUUGUCUCAGGCCGUACCGGAUGGUGAGCUACAUGCUGGCGGUGGGACUGGAGGGGUUCAGCUGUUUCCUGGUGCCGCUUCUGCAGAGCUUCCCACUGCUGGUGCCCUUCGCUCUACUCUACGGCUACUUCGACGGCGCCUAUGUCGCUCUCAUUCCCGUGUUGACGUCUGACUUUGUGGGGCCCGCCUACCUUUCCUCAGCCUUGGGUGUGGUCUACUUCCUGCAUGCUAUUCCAUACCUCAUCAGUCCACCAAUCGGAGGUUGGUUAGUGGACCAAACGGGUUCUUACAUGGCCACAUUCGUGCUGAGCGGGUUCUCCGUCUUGUCCAGCUCUGUGGUUCUGGGUUCGAUUUGUCUGCUCCAGCACUGUUGCCGGGGCCGCUCUGGCGUUGGUGGAGCAGAAUCUGGCCACACCCUAGAGCCGGCCCUACGUCAGGAUCCAAACACUCCUGCCUCCACCAUCUGAAUGCAUCCGAAGCCCUUUUUUUAUUGUGUACAAUGGCCAUACUUACGUGAAAUAUGACCUUUGAUCUCUCUAGAGCCGGUUUGCUUUCAGCCAAAAUUCAGAGCAUUUCUGAAAAGGGAUUUUAAAGCAUUUCAUGUCAUAGCACUGGCCUUGAAUUCCAUGAAGAGACCUUAAAGUGCUGGUGCCAUUUCUAGUUUCCUAGACUGGAUACAUUCAAAUGUACAUUCUGUCUAUACAUUUCUCCAGAGGGGACAGACUUUGCUUCCUGCCACGUAUCUCUGAGAAAGAUACAGAACCCAGUUAGGCAGUGAUGUUUUGUACGAUUACAGUACCAGAGCCUGUAAUGCCAAACCUGUCUGAUGAAGUGAGAAGAACAACAUACCAAAUGUUAUUAUACGGCUCUUCAGAAUGUUACAAAAGGUUCUGUUGACUUGAAUGUGCCACCAGAAAGUUUGCAGGUCUGUUAUUAGGUCUGCGCGUCGGGGUCCUGUUCGUCCCGUCGGGAUUUAUUUUUCUAUAAUGACCGCCGGACUAUACAGUACAUUAUCCCUUACAUAUGUCGUAUGACAUUAGGCUGGCUCUUCUAAGCAGUAUGUCAUGCAAAAGUGUCCCUUUUUCUAGGGACGUUUAGUGUAUGUAAACAUCAGUCAAUAUCCUUUUUCUUUAUGAUUAUUAUCCAUAAGUAUCUAUAAUAGAUACUGUAUCUAAUGUGAACAAAAACAGUGCCUGUUCCUCAGGGUGAUGUUUUUUUUUCAUAUUAUUUGUAAUGUUGUAAUGUUUAUGAUUGUAACAUUCCACAGAUGGAGGUAUUAAUAAUUCAAGCAGUCAAAACAGAGGGAAGGGAAUGGCCCCUUUUUAAUGUAACUGUAAAUUCUUCAAGGACAUCACUAAUGGUGAAGCAGCAGUCGUGUCCAAAUCAGCAGAUUAAAUAAUUUGUUUAAUUUGAUUGUGUUGUGAUGUGAAAUAGAGUGUUUAUACAUUCCCCUACUUUAGUUUUUUCAAUCUGUUUUACAUUUGUUGUUGUUUACAUUACUUCCUGGUCUGGUUCAAGUCCAGCUAAAGUUAGACUAUAGCUAGAUAGCUUAAUAUUUUUUUAGAUGCCGCAGGGCAACUGGUAAGGGUUAUGUUUUCUUACUGAAAUGUAUCUGAUUCUGACCCCCCCCCCCCCAUUGAAUUCAGUCCUUUUGAUGUGUCUAGGACAAUAUGAUCAAGUUUGGUUUUGUAGGCUUAGACAUAGGAUAAAUGCAUUUUAGAGAUUUCCUUUUAAAGUUGUUCUUUAAUUUCUCCUUUUCUCCCCUUGUGUUACCUCUGUGACAUGAAAAACUAAAUCUAAUCACAUAUGCUUGAAUUUGCACACCAUAAGCUCAACCAUGCCUAAUACAUAGAAUUAGAUUUUAUUCAAACUCAUCUGAAAACAGGGAAAAAAUAUAUUAUGAAUGUCUCCUGCAUGUCAGGAUUUCCUUAUACAUUAAAAUUUCAACGAACAGUUAAUGUAAUGUAAACAGUGUAAUGUACAAUGUAAUGUAAACAAUACAUCUCUUUGUGUUCUGGUCAA